GGGAAGUAGUAGCUUGUCUCAGGAUGGAGAUUCUGCCAGAUACCAUAUGCAUCGGUCAACUUCUCUAGUCUACCUUCAAGUAUCUAGAAACGACAGAACUGUUGUAGGCAGAAUACGACUUUAUCUCUAUAUAAACCUGCAAUUUCCUGGCCAACGAGUGAAUAGAAUGAAUACAAGCAUCAUCAACCCUCUCUCAACAACAGACUAUCAUCCAGCCACAAUACAUCAACAACUACACAAUGGCACUGGUAGCAUUAAGCAAGAAUAAGCCUACCAUGGACUUUGUCUACAAUUACGGAAGACCCCAAGGCGAAUUCGAGCAAGCAACCGCCAACCAAGGCUGGAAAUGGAUGCGCACCAACACCAUCGACGCCACCCGCCGAGCAGAUCUCCGGCCUCGGCGCCAGCGAUGUCUUCGUCCACCGCAACAUCGCCAACCCGGUCGUCAACACGGACCUCAACGUUAUGAGCGUCAUCGAGUACGCCGUGUGCCACCCCCACGUCAAGCACAUCGUCGUGUGCGGACACUACGGCUGCGGCGGUGCCAAGGCCGGGUCGACUUCAACCCCGAGGGAAAGGCCCGUCCAAACAAACAGAGAGGCGAGAAGUCCAUUGUAGACGCUAGCCAUGUUUACCCGCUGAUUCCGGAGGACUUUCUGGCGGCGCUUUCGGAGCGGCUUGAGCAAGAGUGGCGGAGACCGAGCUGGUGGGAGCGAAACAUGUGGACGAUGAUAUCGCUCGUUGUAGCCGUCGCGUUUGCGUAUUACGUUUACUGCAUUGGCAAGUUUAUUGUUCUCAUCAGUUAAUACAUUGGGCAGUCUGCACGACAAUGCGUAGGAGAUAGGUAGUAGCUGCGGAAGCUUCGAGAUGGUUCGGAUGGGGUUGAUUCAUUGCUGGGGAUAACCAACGCAUCGACAUGCGGUGAUCACGACUCAAAGAUGUGCUUCACGCCGCGUUCGGGAACUGAGGCAUGGGACGGUGGUUCAGAUUGGGCAUAAGUUUCAUUAUGAUUUGAUAGACUGCGGGUGGCAAUUUCAUACUUGGUUUCGCCAUUUCAUCAAGUUUAGACAUGGCUACACAGAGUCGGUGCAGGUGAUCUUAGAGGUUAAGAUAACCUUAAUCA